CAACUCUACGUCUUCAAGCUCAGCAGGCCCAUCGUUCGGCUGCUUUUAAAUCGUGUUUGGGACAGUGAUAUUUGUCGCUCUAUUGAACUCCAUUACUUGAAGUGUCUCGCCGAAGUAACCCGAAAACACCGCUAAGAUGCAGGCCCCAGUGGUGGUGAUGAACACCAAUGCUGGUGACAGACAGGUCGGCCGUAAAGCACAGCUUUCGAAUAUUACCGCUGCGAAGACCGUUGCGGACAUUAUCCGGUCAUGUCUUGGACCCAAGGCCAUGUUGAAGAUGCUCCUGGAUCCUAUGGGGGGUAUCGUUCUGACAAACGAUGGACAUGCUAUCCUGAGAGAGAUCGAGGUGUCGCACCCCGCAGCGAAGAGCAUGAUCGAGCUCAGUCGCACUCAGGACGAGGAAGUCGGAGACGGAACGACGACCGUCAUCAUCCUAGCUGGUGAAAUGCUUGCCCAGGCCCUUCCUCAACUCGAACGCAACAUCCACCCCGUCGUUAUCAUUCAGGCUUUUAAGCGUGCUCUUGCCGACGCUCUUGCUAUCGUGGAGGAAGUCUCGCUACCCGUGGAUAUUGACGAUGAUAAGGCGAUGUACACGUUGAUCCAGUCGUCCAUCGGAACCAAGUUCGUCUCCCGGUGGUCGGAACUGAUGUGCAACCUUGCGUUGAAGGCGGUUCGGACUGUUUCGUUCGAUGCUGGUGGUGGAAAGAGGGAAGUCGACAUCAAGCGUUAUGCUCGUAUUGAGAAGAUUCCUGGUGGACAGAUUGAAGACAGCGAGGUUAUCGACGGUGUGAUGAUCAACAAGGACAUUACUCACCCCAAGAUGCGGAGAAGGAUAGAGAAUCCUCGAAUCAUCUUGCUCGAUUGCCCACUCGAAUACAAGAAGGGAGAGUCUCAGACAAACAUCGAGAUCAGCAAGGAGGAUGACUGGAACCGUAUUCUUCAGAUUGAGGAGGAGCAAGUGAAGCACAUGUGUGACGCUAUCCUGGCCCUGAAGCCCGAUAUUGUUUUCACCGAGAAGGGUGUUUCAGAUCUUGCCCAGCACUUCCUGGUGAAGGCGAAUGUAACAGCGAUUCGCCGUGUAAGAAAGACCGAUAACAACCGUAUUGCGAGAGCCACCGGUGCCACAAUUGUCAACCGUGUCGAUGACCUGCAGGAGUCCGACGUGGGAACGAGAUGCGGGCUUUUCGAGAUCGAAAAGAUUGGUGACGAAUACUUCACAUUCCUUCGGAAAUGCCAGGACCCCAAGGCCUGCACGAUUUUGCUGCGUGGUCCCUCCAAGGACAUCUUGAACGAAAUCGAACGAAACCUGCAGGAUGCUAUGUCCGUUGCCAGAAACGUCAUCUUCCACCCACGGCUGUGCCCUGGCGGUGGUGCGAUCGAGAUGGCGGUGUCGGUCAAGUUGAGUCAACUCGCAAAGUCCAUCGAAGGUGUUCAACAAUGGCCCUACAAGGCUGUGGCGGAUGCUAUGGAGGUUAUUCCCCGGACAUUAGCACAGAACGCCGGUGCCAGCCCUAUCCGUGUCCUCACACGCUUGAGAGCUAAGCAUGUCGAGGGUCAGCACACCUGGGGUCUGGAUGGUGACUCGGGUAACCUCGUCGAUAUGAAGGAGUAUGGCGUCUGGGAACCCGAAGCGGUCAAACUCCAGAGCAUCAAGACGGCAGUUGAGUCUGCCUGUCUUCUGCUCCGCGUUGACGACAUCUGCAGUGGUAAGUCUGCACAGCAGGCAGGUGGUGCUCACAUGCCCGGUGGAGAUGAUUAGGAGGCCCAAUUCUUCGAAUAAAAAUGCGUACAUAAUGCUACACGAUUCAACUCCGAAACUGUACGAAUAUCCUUCUAGACUAAAAUUACAUGGGUAUCUUCAUAGUGUCCACCUGGUAGGGAUCGUUUCUCGGCGAACGUCCGUCAAUCACAGCUAGCAGCCUUGUAGGCUCAAUCCUCGUGAAUGAUCACUCCUGGUGUUUCAGUAGACUGAUCGGCCCCAUCCACGAGCAUCGCCUGAUCCUCCUCGUCUCCUUGGCCGUUUUCUGUCCGCCUUAAUGCCUGUUCAACUGCCAUCCUAUUAGGCCCUUUAUUGGCGACCGCAGCAUCCUGAUCUUUGUUAUUGUUAUUGUUGUUGUUAUUGCUCUUCUUCUUCGCAGCAUUCCUCUUCUCUCUUCUCCUCCGAUUCUUCUCUGUUUUCUCUUCAUCCUUCCGCC